AGCGGAAGGGGGAAGUGAGAGGGGUGUACGGUUCUGGCCGGCGUGUGCGGUAAUGCAGGUUCCGCAGCUACUUGUGCUUUUCGGCAGUCAGACUGGCACAGCUCAAGAUGAGGCGGAGAGACUGGGCCGCGAGGCCCGGCGCCGGCGGCUAGGUUGCCGCGUGCAGGCGCUGGACUCGUAUGCGGUGGUGAGGCUCGGGUGAUUCGGCAGAGACCCUCCACCGGACUUCGCGUCCUAGAAAGGAGGGCGUUUGAGUGCGGCCCUUCGGCCCCAGGAGGAUUUAGGGGAAAGGGAGGCUUGGCACGAGGCUGAGGCCUGAGAAGGAGAAGGCCUGGUGGCCACUGGGAAUGAUUCUCCAAUCACUUGACUCUGUUACCCUAGAUGAAUGGGCGCGGGUGGGGGGCAGUGUAGGGAGGGUACUGAUGAGGGCUGUCCGAGACCUUACACAUACCCGUGUCUUGUCCUUGAGGCGGAUCUCAUUAGGGAGCCCCUGGUGAUAUUUGUUUGUGCGACCACAGGCCAAGGAGACCCUCCUGACAACAUGAAGGUAAGGCUGGCCUGAUGUGUGCCCUCACCCCGUUUUCAUUGCUGUGAGAGUCACCAAGGUGUACAGGAAAUAGUCGCCCCUUAGUGCUUGAUGUAUAUGAGAGGUGUCUUUGAGAGAUAGUCUUUGAACGGAUCUGGGGAGAGAAAUAGCUCUUAGUAGCCACUCAAUAGCCUUGAUCUCUGUUUUUAGCCAUUUUGUUUGUUUUCCCAGACCCAGUAGGAGGGUCCUGGCAUAAGAAUCACAAAGCCCCUACCUCCACCAGGACUGCCAUCUAGCAUGGUCAUGGUCAGACAGGAGGAGUUCUCCUUUCCCAAAGAUCAGCGAUGAGGUGGGAGUCUUGAGAGGAGUAGCAGCCAUCAGGCUGAAUUGAAGUAAAAUCGGAACCAGUCUGGAGAGCUGUCCCUAGGGCUAGGGGUGAUUGUUAAAAAGAGCAGUAUAUGUGGGACAGAGACUAAUGUCAAGCACUAGAGAUGCUGAAGUAGAAGGGUCAGGAGUUCAAGGCUGCCGCACCUACAUGACAAGUGUCUCAAAAGUUCAAAAAGUAUCAGCCACAUAUGCUGGCAUUCAGAGUAAUCUCAACAUUUCAGAGGUUGAUGCUAAAAAACCUAGCCUUGCACUGGACUCAAGCAAAACCACUCCUUAAAAAAUAAAGAAUUCAAUAAAAAAUAGCUAAGAAAAUGCCAAGGAGAUGAGGGAAUUGAGAUGUCCCUCAGGUUUGAGAUGUUGUGGUCUAUGGACAGAUAAGGUACCCAACACCCCCCACAUAAUGGUGUCUGACUCAGUCACAACAGGAACUGGAGACCUUUGAAGAGACUACAGACCCAAAGCCCAGAACCACAUGCAGGGACCUGGGUCCUCAGUGACUGUCUGCUGAACACGAUGGCCUUGGCCUCUCUUCCCUGUUCAUCUUUAAAACACAUUGAAAUUAUAGGAAAAGACCCAAUAACUGUGUCUCUGCCUAUCCCCUGCUGGUGAAACUCACAGUGGGACGGGCAUGUCCUGAGGCUUUUCCAUCAGCUUCCAAGUACAAAUAGGUCACAUUCACACAGAGAGAAAAGGAAGAAUGGGCUGCUGGAGUGAAAGACAGACAGACAGACAGAACACCGGCCUAAGGUGGGAUCCUAACAUGGUUUCCUGUGGCUACAGAACUUUUGGAGGUUCAUAUUCCGGAAGAGCCUGCUGUCCACCUCUCUCUGUCAAAUGGACUUUGCUGUCCUAGGCCUCGGGGACUCCUCAUAUGCCAAGUUCAACUUCGUGGCCAAGAAGCUACAUCGUAGGCUGCUGCAGCUAGGAGGCAGUGCCCUCCUGCCCCCAUGUCUGGGUGAUGACCAGCAUGAGCUGGGGCCUGAUGCUGCCAUUGACCCGUGGCUGGGAGAUCUUUGGAAGAAGAUAAUGGGUCUAUACCCAGUGCCUCUUGACUUUCCUGAGAUCCCUCUUGGAGUCCCCUUGCCCUCCAAGUUCAUCUUCCAGUUUCUUCAGGAGGUUCCCAGCGUAGGGACUGAGGGGCUAAAGCUAGCCAGCUCAGACCCUCAGAGACCCCCAUCAGAGUUACAGCCCUUUCUAGCACCUGUGAUCACCAACCAGAGGGUCACUGGCCCCCAACAUUUCCAGGAUGUUCGGCUGAUUGAGUUUGACAUUACAGACUCGAGUAUCAGCUAUGCUGCUGGCGAUGUCGUAUCAAUUAUGCCCUCUAACUCGGAGACCCACACCCAGCAGUUCUGCCAGUUGCUAGGCUUGGACCCCAAACAGUUUUUCAUGCUUACGCCUCGGGAGCCAGGCGUCCCUCACCCACCAGGGCUGCCUCAGCCCUGCACAGUGUCGCAUCUUGUGUCACAGUAUUUGGACAUUGCCAGCGUGCCCCGCCGUUCCUUCUUUGAGCUCUUGGCUUGUCUUUCUCCACCUGGGCUGGAGCGGGAGAAGCUGCUAGAAUUCAGCUCCGCCAGGGGUCAGGAAGAGCUCUGGGAGUACUGUAAUCGGCCCCGCAGGACUAUCUUGGAGGUGCUCUGUGACUUUCCACACACAGCAGCUGCCAUUCCUCCAGACUACCUUUUGGACCUUAUCCCUCGGAUCCGCCCACGGGCCUUCUCCAUUGCCUCUUCCCUGCUGGCUCAUCCCGGGAGGCUACAGAUCCUUGUGGCUGUGGUGCAGUACCAGACUCGCCUCAAGGAACCCCGCCGUGGCCUCUGCUCCUCCUGGCUAGCAUCCCUGAAUCCUGAGCGAGGACCUAUCCGGGUGCCUCUGUGGGUGCGGCCUGGGAGCCUAGUGUUCCCAGAGACACCAGACACGCCCAUUAUCAUGGUAGGGCCUGGAACUGGUGUGGCGCCCUUUCGAGCAGCCAUUCAAGAGCGAGUGGCCCACAGCCAGACUGGAAACUUCUUGUUCUUUGGCUGCCGCAAGCGGGACCAGGACUUCUACUGGCAGACUGAGUGGCAAGAGCUAGAGAAGAAAGGCUCCCUGACCCUGGUUACAGCCUUCUCCCGGGAGCAGGAGCAGAAGGUGUAUGUGCAGCAUCGGCUCCGAGAGCUGGGACCUCUUGUCUGGGAGCUGCUGGAUCGCCACGGUGCCCACUUCUACCUAGCAGGCAAUGCUAAGUAUAUGCCUGCGGACGUUGCGGAAGCUCUGACAUCCAUUUUUCAAGAAGAAGGACAACUCUCUAGCGCAGAUGCGGCUGCCUACCUUGCCAGGCUUCAGCAGACACUGCGUUUCCAGACGGAGACCUGGGCCUGAGGAGCCACUUGCUAGCUCACACCAACAGCUGCACUGGAGAGCCUACUGAAGUCUAGGGGGCCCAUUGUCACUUCCUGUCCUCUGAUCCCAGAACACUUGUGAGACCAUGGUGUAGCUUCUUGACUCCAGUUGACUAGCAGGGCACUCCCUGGAUACAGCCAAACUCAGUGGAACCCAGUGUCCCACCCUCACUUUCCCUGGCCCCAGUGAGAUGUACACUUCUGGUUUCCUCUCUGUCCCCUUCACUGCGCCCCAGAUCUGCAUUAUGCUCCGUACCACAGGGGCUGCUGAGGCCUCCAAGAGGCAGGGAGUCCUGUGAGGGCUGCACUGCCCCUCUGCCCUGGUGCUAUUCCAUUCAUUCCACAAUACCUAUGGGGCUCAGGCUCAGGUGAGAGGCCCCCAGGGGCUGAUUCUCCUGAGCAUUGAGAAUGAGCAAGUCAGUCUGUCUCAGGCCCUUAAACAUCUUGAGUAAACUGCCUGGGUAGCUA